GGAUCAUCUACGGGAGGCAGAAGAGGGGCUGUUGACUCGCUACUCAGCGCUUCCGUGAAGCAGCCCCCGGGGAGGAGCUGGCGGCGCCUCCGCGAGGGAAGCCCCGGCCCCAGCGCCAGCUCCCACCCUCAAGCCUCCUCUACCGCGCACCGAUCCCGGGCUUGGGGAUCCCCUCCAGCCUCCGGUGCCAGCUCACCUCUGCUCCCCCGUGUCCUUGCUCUCCAGGAGGCGCCCGGGGUCUGGAAGUCAUGUGUACUCCGAGUCACGUGAACUCCGGCGCCACGUGACAGUCUUCCUCCCGCCCCUUCUUUGGUCCCUACCGGCCUGGGGGGCGGUGGCGGUCAAUGCCAGGUCAAGGUCCGCGGGCCUCGCGGAUCGUAGCCCGGACGCACGCGAUCAGAUGAUCUGGGUGUGGACGGCCAAGUUCUAGGCGGGAUGGCUGAGCAAGCGGCGCUAGGACCCCCGGGCAGAGGCUCGAGGAAGGGAGGCAGGUGGGAAAUGCCUUACAAGGUCCCCUUGCGGUCACCAUCUGAGCCCGCUGCCCAAAAUAGCCCCCGGCGCCCGCUGGCCUGCCUUAUGGCCGAGAGAUGGCUGCUGCCUCCGAGCCCGUGGAUUCGGGUGCACUCUGGGGACCCGCGCGCCCGCAGCCCCCUCCCACCCGCUUCCAUCGGGUGCACGGUGACAACAUCCGCGUGGACCCCUCUGGGACGCGGGCCACACGCGUGGAGAGCUUCGCCCACGGCGUGUGCUUCAGCCGUGAGCCGCUGGCCCCGGGCCAGGUCUUCCUGGUCGAGAUCGAAGAGAAAGAGUUGGGCUGGUGCGGACAUCUGCGUCUUGGUCUGACGGCGCUGGACCCCGCCAGUCUGGCCCCCGUUCCCGAGUUUUCUCUGCCCGACCUGGUCAACCUGGGCCACACCUGGGUCUUCGCCAUCACGCGCCACCACAACCGCGUGCCCCGGGAGGGCCGCCCGGAGGCGGAGGCAGCGGCCCCCAGCCGACCUCCAACCCUCCUGGUGGAACCAUAUCUGCGCAUUGAGCAGUUUCGCAUUCCCCGGGACCGCCUGGUGGGCCGCAGCCGGCCAGGGCUCUACAGCCAUCUCUUGGACCAGCUCUAUGAGCUGAACGUGCUGCCUCCGACGGCGCGCCGUAGCCGCCUGGGCGUCCUCUUCUGCCCGCGCCCGGAUGGCACGGCCGACAUGCACAUUAUCAUCAACGGCGAGGACAUGGGCCCCAGCGCCCGGGGGCUGCCAGCUGCGCAGCCCCUCUACGCGGUGGUGGACGUGUUUGCUUCCACCAAGAGCGUGCGCCUUGUCCAGCUCGAGUAUGGCUUGCCGUCCCUGCAGACUCUGUGCCGCCUAGUGAUACAGAGAAGCAUGGUGCACCGGCUGGCCAUUGAUGGGCUCCACCUGCCCAAAGAACUUAAGGAUUUCUGCAAGUAUGAGUGAAGACCCACAGCGCACCAGAGCAGAGCUGCAUCCUGGGGCCCCAGACCUGUGGCUGGCUGGUCUGAAGUUGGCCAUAUUGCUGCCAACCAGGACCAGAAAUAAACAGCCAAUGCUGACAUCUUGAUCAUUG